AUGGCGACCUCCGCCCUCGCCACAAUCUCCCUUUCCUCCUGUCCAACAGAAUCCCUCAUGGUCCGCUUACCCCCCUAUCUGGACCCGACCAUGAAUGCCUCUGGCAACGAAACAUCAGGCUGCUCCUCUCCUUCCUCCAAUUUCACCGCUCCGCCGCCCGGCUGGUUCGCCGGGUCUUGGGCGAUCCGAAACACCUCCGGCACAUCGUACCUUUCCUACGGCAACCUGCAGUGGGACCUCACCCCGACAAUAAGCAUCACUUGCGAAGCCAACACCACUUCCUCCUGUCCUACAGGCUCCCUCGCGGGCGUAAUCAAUGAAAUUACCACUUGGGUUCCGGCGGAUAACAAGACGGCUCUCAACGGCGCCAUUGGAGGCGGCGGUCGCACAGUCGCCUCGAUACGCGCAUACAACACUCCGCGCCGCCUCAACUUCCCAGAGCUCAAUUCGGACUGGGACGCCGUCUACGAUAACACCAUUAUUGAGGGACCAGGGAAAGGGUACAUGCAGAGUUGGUCGGUGCUGCACUGGAGCCUAGACGGGCACGCCAUGCCGUGGAUGAUUGUUCAUGAGACUCCCGCGCUGUAUCCAGGCGGCACGUGGGGUGUCCCGGCUGUGCAUAUCAUCAGUCAGAACCGGGACGGAGUUGAUGAGGGGACUCUAGGACCGGUUUUGGACGCGCUUAUGGAAUUGGGAAACGAGGAGGUUACGGAGCAGAUUGAGAAAUUGGGCAUGACAAAGUUUGAUGACAAGUUGCUUGGGGGGCCAGCGAUUUGUGGGGAGACGUGUCAGAAAAACGAGGCCGUCUAG